AUGAAUUUCCCGGCUCGUUGGAGAGGAUGGAUUAUGGCGACCCUUCAUUCGGUUAAAGCAUCGGUUUUAGUCAAUGGUUCCCCAACGAUGGAAUUCGUUUGCACUCGCGGUCUUCGUCAAGGGGAUCCAUUAUCUCCAUUUUUGUUCGUACUUGUUAUGGAGGCUUUAAUUGGUAUCAUGAAAAAGGCAGUAUCGGCGGAUGUUUUCAAAGUAUCGGGGCUGAAAGUAAACCUUUCAAAGUCCAGUAUUUAUGGGGUUGGAGUUAGAGAUCAGAUGGUUCAAACCAUGGCGACGACUCUUAACUGUAAAAAGGGAGUGUUUCCGUUUGUGCAUUUAGGAUUACCUGUUGGAGCGAAUAUGAAUCUUGUUCGGAAUUGGAAGCCAGUAAUUGACACUUUCAGGAACCGUUUAUCAAUAUGGAAAGCUAAGCAAUUAUCAUACGGUGGAAGAAUAACGCUCCUCAAAUCGCUCCGAUACAAGUGCUGGACAUACUCGAAAGAAUUAGAAUGGUAUUUUUUUUUGGGGGGGGGGGGGGGAUCGGAAGAAAAGGCAAGAAUGAAUUGGGUGGCAUGGGAUCACACUAUUGCUCCAGUUGAAUAUGGUGGAAUCGUCUUUGGUGCACUUAAGGAUUCGAAUCAAGCAAUGUUAGCAAAAUGA